AUGUCCAUAUUUGGUAUGAAGAGUGACGUCAUCAGGCACACCUGGAUCCUCUACUAUCUCCUCGUUAUUUUCUUCUCCUUCAUCGGAGACAUGACCAUUUUGAUAGCCUCCAUAAAGUACAAAGCAUUCAGACUACACAACUUUAUCAUAGCCGUGAUGCAGCACAUUGCGGUAUGUGACAUGGCUGUGUGCACCUUUUGGGUGUUCCCCAGACUUAUUUCACUGAUAGCUGAUCAAUGGGUGCUGGGGGAACAGUUCUGUCAGAUUCAGCCUUACAUGAUGUAUUACUUUGGAACAGCUUGCCUGCUCCUGACAUGUGCUAUGGCAGUUAGCAAGCUGAGUAUUCUAAAGUUCCCAAUAAGGUCCAGAUACCUCACACCAGAGAAGUCCCACCAAGUAUGCGCGGUGGUCUGGGCGGUAUCUUGGAAUGUCCCCAUCACAUUCCUAGAUGGUGUGGACGUGUGUUUCGACCUGAGGACCUACUCCUGUGAUUUCAUCUCCCCGAACACCACAUCCUCUCUGCUCAUAUCAACCGUACUGAACCUGGUCAUACCUAAUGUUCUGGUUGUAACAUCAACAAGCCUGAUUGUGAUGCAUCUACUCAAAGCUAGAAGAGCUGCUCGACGGAGUAAUGGUAAAGAAAGGUGGCAAGGACUCAUCACUACCAUUGAUUCGCAACAGCAAUUAUCUUGCUGA